GAACCUUCCCGGUGUUGUAGUUACUCGAGCAAGGGAAUGGCUUAUUCAAGGUUGUUGAUCAUCCAGAUGUUGAGGACCCUCUCUCUCAUCCUUAUGGGUAUGUUCCUUUAUUUUGUCCUUUGGGAAACAGACUUGAAAAGGCAGCCGCCGUUGCCUGAUCUCAGAAUACCACCGCAGUUUUCUAUUGACCUGCCUGGCUGCUCGGCUAUCAUCAGUGGAAACAUAAAUGGCAGGAACAGAGAACUACAAGUGCUUCUGGCAUCCAGGAAAAGAAAUCAUCCUUUAUCUGAGGACUUCUAUCUUAAUGUGACAAAGGACUGUCCAUCUUACAUUGAAAAGAGAGGUUUCAUUACAGAGCCUCUCAGUGAAGAGGAGGAGGAUUUUCCCAUUGCCUACUCCAUGGUGAUCCAUGAUAAGAUCGAGAUGUUUGAGCGACUUCUAAGAGCUAUUUACACUCCUCAGAACAUCUACUGUGUGCACGUGGACCAGAAAUCCUCUGAAGACUAUUUUAAGGGUGUGCGGGCAAUUGUUUCCUGCUUUCCUAAUGUGUUUGUAGCAAGUAAAUUAGAAAGAGUGGUAUAUGCCUCAUGGUCCCGAGUGCAAGCUGAUUUGAACUGCAUGAAAGAUCUGCAGAACUCGCAUGUCCAGUGGAGGUACCUGCUCAACACCUGCGGGACAGACUUCCCCAUCAAAACCAAUGGGGAGAUGGUUCAGGCACUGAAGGCCUUAACUGGGAGAAACAGCAUGGAGAGUGAGGCCACCAAUAGCUACAAGAUAAGCCGCUGGCAGUAUCAUUACAAUGUAACUAACACCGUCAGCAGGACAAAUGUGAAGAAAACUCCCCCACCCAUUGACAGCCCCAUGUUCAUGGGAAAUGCUUACUUUGUAGUGACAAGAGCGUUUGUGAAACAUGUGCUGCAGGACCGAGAGGUUCAGCAACUUCUGGAGUGGGAGAGGGACACGUACAGCCCCGAUGAGCACUUGUGGGCCACUCUGCAGAGGAUGCACCAUGUUCCCGGAUCACUGCCUGCCAACAUCAAGUAUGAUGAGUCAGACAUGCAUGCCCUCGCUCGCGUGGUGAAGUGGAGCUAUUUAGCAGGAGAUAUGAAAAAUGGAGCACCGUACUAUCCUUGCACUGGUGCUUACAGAAGAGCAGUUUGUGUGUACGGAGCUGGAGACCUCCUGUGGCUCCUUAAACAACAGCAACUCUUUGCAAAUAAGUUUGAUCCUGAAGUUGAUGAUACUGCUAUUAGAUGUAUGGAGUCUGUUCUGCGUUUUAAAGCAGCAGGCUAUGACCCACUGUUAACAGAUUAAUAUUCUGACAUUUUA